AUGGCGACUCCUCCGACACAAUCGGAGCCAUUUCCCUCCUACGAACCCGAUGUCAACGAUGUAUCUUUCAGAAGGGUCGGCAAUAGCACAAGGGACCCAAGUCGGAGACCCUCGAUUGUCUCUCGCCUCUCCAAAACCCCCUCUUCUAUACGGUCUCGCACGCGGACAGGCUCCCUCACACAGUCGUUUCUCGAGAGCAACCCUCCUCUAGGCAUGUGGCAGGCCACUGGCGAAAUCGGCUCCAAAAUCCCUACACUACCCGAGAUCAGGAAUGGCGCUUUUGCAGCCGAGGGAUGGACGCAUGAGGGCCAGAUGGAACGUCGAGGGACCAACCCGCAUGACAUCCAUGCGCGACGGGUGGCCAGGACAAGUUCUGCUAGUACGCGGACGAGAAAGAGCUCGCUGUCAGCCAACGCACCGCCGGCCAUUGCAGAAGAGAGACAUGAAUACUUUCCCAAGAGGGCGCCGACUAUAAUGCAGGAACCGCUCCUUGAGGAGGCAGCGACUACUCAAAUCCAACAGCCGGCUCAUGGCCAGCCAGAACAAAUCCAGCCAGUCGCCAGCUCGGAGAAGCACGACGAGACUGCCAAAGCUCAAGAGCGAGAUUCCUCCAUGACCUCGAAAACUACCAGUGACGGGCCGCAAACAGUGCGAAUCCAAGGGGGUCCGGACGAGACAGGCACAUAUCCUAAUGGCUACCGCUUCCCCAAGAAACACACCUGGACCCAGUCCACCAUGAUUGGUCUCCGCGCCUUCUGGACAUUCUUCCUCACCCCGUUUGGUUUUAUUGUCACCAUCUACGGGCUUAACAUCGUUGGAUGGGGCGCCAUGAUCUUCUUCGUCCUCCUUAAAGCUGCUCCGGCCAUGUGCCACCCGUCCUGCGACGACGACAGUAGCGCUCGAGAGAAGUGGAUCGAGAUUGAUUCCCAGAUCCUCAACGGCCUCUUCUGCGUGACGGCCUUUGGUCUGUUGCCUUGGCGAGCACGAGAUUGGUUUUACCUCAUGCGCUGGCGGAUCGGUGGCGACGAACGCUUCCACCGCCGUCUCGCAGGCAUAUAUCGGGGUUGGUACCGUCUUCCGGGCUCCGAGAAGUUGGAGGAACACAUCGGUCCUCCCCCCGUGUACAAUAAUGACCACCCGCGCACUCCAGAAGCGCCUCCCCCGUAUACAGAAGAAGAAAUCGCCAAGAUGGAAGAGAACCCUGCCAUCCCUAUCCCUGCGGCGUCCAUGCCGGAGGCGCCUCUAACAGGCCUUCGGGCUCCCCCUUCAAAAUCAUGGACCAUCGACUUUGUCGUGUGGAUGUACAUACUCAACACCUUUUUCCAAGUUCUUCUUUGCGUCUGGAUGUGGCAUUGGAACCGAUUCGACCGACCUUCGUGGGGUACCGGUGUUUGGAUCACGUUGGGCUGUCUAGUCGCCAUUGCCGCGGGCUUGUGCGUCUUUAUCGAAGGGUCCAAGGUCAAGAAGAUUGAAGGCAUUCCGGUCCAGGAAUACGACGUGCUCGAAUCGAUCGAAGACUUCCAGGAGAGAAAGGCCAAAGAAGACGCGAAAGAGGCCAAGAAGUUGGCGAGACACGAUCACCAUCGCCACUUCCGGCACGGCGAGAGCCACAAGGUGGUCAGGUCGGAGAAGUUGAAGGGCCACCAAUGGUUCACUCGACAUUAG